AUGUCUACCUUUCGAAGCACGCUCGAUGAAGCCGAUCCUACAAGUUGGUUAAAAGACCUGGAAACCAAACUUAUACCUCGAGAGAAGAGGACAGGCUGGAUGAAGACCUUCCAAGCGAGGAUUCGUGCUCCUCCUUGCGGGACAGUUCACGUCACUGCUGGUGAUUUGUUUGACUUUAUACGGGCUCAAGCCAACGCUGGAGAUGAGAUGAUGAGUCGAUACGAACAAACUGGACGGAUGGGAGACUUGGAGGAGGCCAUUAAGGCAUUCCGCUGGGCAGUUUACAUCACCCCUGAAAACCAUCCUUAUCGUGCAGCGAUGUUGUAUAACUACGGAAACAUGCUUGAGCGUCGAUACGAGAAGAUCCCAGACGAGGAAUGUCUCAAAGAAGCAAUUUGUGUAUCUUACCAAGUUGUUCAGCUUGUUCCUAAGAGCCAUCCUUUUCGUUUAGCGAUAAUGGAUACCUAUGGAAAGAAGCUAAGACUUCGAUACAAGCGGACUCAACAGAUUGAAGAUCUUGAAGAAGUGAUCUGGGUAUCUUGUCAAGCUAUUCAGGCCCCUCCCACAGGCCACCCUCGUCGUGCGAGGUGGUUGAAUAUCAUUGGACGAAUGCUCAAAGACCGAUACGAGCAUAUAGGACAGAUAGAGGACCUAGGACUGAUGAUCAAGGCAUUACGCAGUGCGGCUCAAGUUACCUAUGAUACAUGUCCUGAUCUGGUGACAUACCUAUCUGAUCUUGGAUAUGGACUCACAAUUCGAUAUGAAAGAACAGGGGAAAUGAAAGAUCUAGCCGAGGUACUUGAGGUAUUCCGCAAGGUGGUCCAGGCAACCCCUGAUACGUGUCCUGAUCUGGCAAAUUAUCUAACAAAACUUGGGGUCGAACUCACACGCCGAUAUGAACGAAUAGGACGGACGGAAGACCUAGCCGAGGCGAUCCAGGUCUUCCGUCGCGCGGUUCAGACUACAGCUGAUACAAGUUCCGAUCUGGCAAGGUACUUGACUAAUGUUGGAAGUGGGCUCACACGCCAAUAUGAACGGGAAGGGCGAAGGGAAGACUUAGAAGAGGCAAUCGAGUUGUCUCGUCGGGCUAUUCGAGCUAUGCCUAUGGACUCUCCCGACCUAGCAACGCACCUUACCAACCUCGGGUAUCGGCUUGUACUGCGACAUGAGCGCACAAAUAAAAUGGACGACCUACAAGAGGCAAUAACGCUAUCUCGCCAAGCAGAGGAGGCCAGUUAUAAUAAUGAUUCUGAUUCUACAGCAUCGGUGGGCAACCUUGGCGGCGUGCUUUUAUAUGGAUAUAAACGGACAAAGCAGAUGGAUCACCUUGAGGAGGCGUAUCAGAUCUGUCGCAAGGCAGUUCAGAUUACCCCUGUUGAUGAUCCUUAUUAUGGGAAGUGGUUGUGCAAUCUCGCACAUGUACUCACUGAACGAUACGAACACACGCGACAAAGAAAAGAUCUUGAAGUAGCCAUUUGGUGGUCUCGCAAGUCUAUCCAAGCUAGUUUUGAUGGUGACAUUGAUCUAAGAGCACAAUACAACAACCUUGGAACCAUGCGUGUAACUCGGUACGAACAAACAUGGCAGUUCGGUGACCUUGAGGAGGCAAUUCGCAUAUCUCGCCGGGCCAUUAAGGCUACUCCGGAUGAUCAUCCAUAUCUUGCAGGACAACUGAAAAACCUAGGAGCAAUGCUUAAAAGUCAAUAUGAACGAACGGGCUGUUUAAAAGAUCUCGAGGAGGCGAUACAUGUGUCUCGCAAGGCGGCCCGAAUUACUUCAGCACUACCUUUGGAGCGUAUCUCAGCUGCUUCCCUAGCCAUUCGCCUCAUGCUUAAACAAGAGGACUACAAUAAUAGCUAUGCGUUGUGUGUUGAAGCUCUUGAUCUCCUGCAGCUUGUCUGUAGCAGACAUUUGACGCUAGAGGAUCAACAAUACGUUGUAUCACAUUUUUCUGGCUUGGCAACCCUGGCCUGCUCUCUAGCCCUUCAAGUCAGACAGCCUCCCUUCAGAGCUCUACAAUUGUUAGAGGCUGGACGUAGUGUCAUUUUUGGUCUUAUUAUGAAUGACCGGAGUAAUACGUCUAAACUAAAAGCGGCCGAUCCUACUCUAUGUGCUCUAUAUGAAGAGCUUCGCCUUGGAAUCAAUGAUCCUGCCGAGAGCAGCCAACCCCAAUAUGUAGAUGAAGCUGUUCCAACUAGACGACUACAAGCUCUCAAAAAACUCGAAAAAUGUCUGCAUGAUAUACGGCAACUUCCAGCCUUUGACUCCUUCCAACAGGACCUAAAUGAGGAGCAGAUGAAAGAUGCAUCUCUUAACGGUAGCAUCAUUGUGGUGAACAUCACUAGACUAAGAAGUGAUGCUAUUGUUGUCUCCCAAGCCGGAUUUAGCUUGGUUCCUCUCCCUGGGCUCGGUGCCGUGCAAGCGCAGAGAUGGAUUGACCAGGAAAUGACUUCAGCUUCAUCAAGUCAGCGCGGUGAGAUGAACAAAAGAUAUCGUGAAUUCUUAGGCUGGCUUUGGUAUGAAUGCGCCGAACCUAUUCUUACUAAGCUUGGAUAUAAUGUUCAAUCCUCACCAGAAAACCUUCCAAGAACUUGGUGGAUUGGGACGGGACUUGCUAGCUCCUUUCCAUUCCAUGCUGCGCGCGGUCUCCGUGCUGACGAAAACGAUAGUACAUCUAGUCGUGUCUUGUCUUCCUAUACCACUACAAUAAAGGCACUCUUACAUGCUAGAGAGCGCGUUUCUGCCUCCUUCUCGCCCAACGAACAACUUCUGAACUUACUCAUGGUUACCAUGGCCCACACGCCUGGCGAGGAUGACUUACCUGGGGUCGAAUGUGAAAGGUCUAUAGUCCUUGAUUUACUGGGAAGUUCUGUUCAUGUAAACAAACUGGACCAACCGGACUCCGCUAGUGUUAUGCGCCAGAUUGGCGAUUGCCAUAUUGCCCAUUUUGCAUGCCAUGGAAUGUCGGACUUGGCUGAUCCUUUUCAGAGUGGUCUUUUACUGCAGACCAAAACUACGAUUCCGGAAAAGGAGAUUCUGAGCGUUCGCAAGCUCUGCAAACAAAAUCUUCCGCAUGGGGAGAUAGCAUAUCUCUCCGCAUGUUCAACUGCGGAGAAUCGGGCAAAGCAAUUAUUGGAUGAGGUGGUCCAUGUUGUUAAUGGUUUCCAGGUGGCCGGGUUUAGACAUGUUAUCGGAGCAUUAUGGCCGUCUGAUGACCGUGUGUGCGUGAAGGUCGCAAAGUUGUUCUACACUGAGAUCUGUCGGAAUGGUGUACUAGAAUACACCGAUAGAGAUGUCGCGCUAGCACUUCAUAAAGCGGUCUCGGUAAUCUCGACUAGUGAUGAUUAUCGAAAACGGCCGCUACAUUGGGCACAGUAUGUUCAUUAUGGUGCUUGA